GGGCGAAGUAGAGAGAGCAAAAAAACAAAAGUAGACCUGUCCUCAGAGCUCAUAACUAUCAGAACCCGCAUCUCUCUCUGCCAGCCCGCUCAAGGUCGUCAUCUCUUCUUUCUAGCCGCUCAGACCACUUGGCAAGUUUUGGCUCUGUUCUGUCCGUCCGUUUCGUAGUUUCACAAUAACUGCACGCGGCGGAUCGGAACCAAGCUGCGAACCACGACAGAACUCGAGCGAAACAAACGAUGUCUAUUUCUCCAGUCAUUCUGCCAUUCACGCACUGGCCGGUUGCCUACAACGAUGCAUUCGAUCCCGUGCCGGAGGAUAUCCCGACCGACGCGUCCAAAUCGCGAAACGAGCAUCUCGCGGCCCUAGCUCAUCUCCCCUCCGACACCGUUCUCACCUGCGCGACCGUCUUCUCGCGCGGUGUCGUUCUCGGGCUUGCCAAUGGUGCUAUAGAGGUACUUCAAUGGGAUAACUUUCCUACGCACAGUGGAUCCGAGGAUCUAAAAGAUCGGGAUUUGAAGGUUGUUUCGCUGUCUCCUUUGUCGACUACGGCGGGCCAUAGACAGUCUCCGGUGGUUGCCAUGCGAAGGAUUACAGCAAAGGAUACCGAAGGUCGCUCGGAACUACUGAUAAGUGCUGCAGAUAACGGUGAGAUCCUUAAACACUCUUUGCCCUCAGGUCGAGUCCUAGCUUCAACAACUGUUCCAUUUCGACCCAACGGAAUAAUACCGAUUGAUAUGUACCUCCUCGUCUACGGCAGAUCUACAGAAAUGCGACUACUUCAUCAGGGUACCCUCGAAUCGCAUGUAAUCAUGGACGGUGUUCUCGAAAACUGGCCGAUUCCACUACCGCUAUUCGCCGAGCGAAUGGUAACUCUGAACGCAUCCGGAGACGGCAUAUACUGGAAGAUCUGGCCUGACGAAGCACGCGUCGAGCAAAUCACAAAAAGCGGAGCGCCGAUUGGCCUGUUCAAUCAUGCCAAAAAUCACUACAUGUUAAAUUCGGCUCAGAUAAAGCAGAAAAAGUCAAUGUCGCUUCCGAAAAAUAUGUCGCAUAUCUUGGGUCGGGAUACGAUUGCUGUUUCUCUAGGGAACUCUGAAUACGGAGAUAUUAUAGAUGUUCUCACUGUCGGUGAUACUCUAUGGCUUAUCGUUCAGACUGAUGGUUGGUGUCUAUAUAUGUGGGAAGAAGACAGAUUCGAUCUCGUCAAGCAAGAAUCGUUCCCUGGAAUCAGUGGAGCAUCGACCAGCGAUGCGGUAGAUGACCAUCAUCGUAACUGGUUUGGGAUCUGGAAUCACGAAGGCGCGAUCGUAUUCGCUGUCGUCAGUCGCAUUUCGGGAAAGACGGUUUGUACCGUGAACAACAUGCCCGCGAGCAAAAAGCCGAACCACGUCAAUAGUUUAUUCAUGGUGUUUUCGUAUACAACGAUGCAUUUGAGAAACAGAUCGAUGCUACUGACUCCUUGGGUAACGGAGCCUUUGGACGUUGUCGUUGAGUUUUUCUUCUCAGAAGGAGAAAUUCGCUACAGACUGGGCGACUUGAGAACGUUCACAUGGGAAGAUGAUUUCUACCCCGUACAUCGACAGAAUCAUUUCUUUACUCGUCAAAAGCCUUUCAAGUCGUUUGCGCCCCCUACGCCGAUGAUCGAGAAGACAAAGAUGAACUUUGAUGUCGUCUCCUCGUCUCCGGGAAGCCCCGCAAAGUCUCUUCUUACUGCUGAAAUAUCAAACAGUCCGCUUGAGAAUAAUAAGGCCUCUGGUCCUUGUACCAGCGGUGUGGUUUUUUCCGGGAUGCUUGUUUUUGGCUGUGGCGCGUUUGUCAACUUUUACAGUCUUCCGCGGUAUCUGCUUGCGUUCGAGUCACCUGAGCGGACGAUCCAACUACCAGAGAGCGGGAAAGUUACGCAUCUGUCGUCCAUGAAGACUCCGGAUAAUGUCGAAUAUCUUCUAAUUGGAACUAAUGGAGGUGUGCUGUAUCUGCUUGAUGCAAAGACUUGGAAGCUCUCUCCUCGUAUAGCGCUUUCGGGAUCACCGGUGCUGUAUUCAAUGUCUCUUCCCGCAAAAUCAAAUCUCUUGAUCCGUGGUCUGGCCGUCAUAGCAUCCAGAGAUGGCACCGUCUGUUUAGUCAACCUGAAGAAGGGUCGGAGAGUGUUCACAAUCCCCGGUCAUUUCGCACAGAUUCGUUUACUUGCGACGCCGAAGGACUCAAAUAUCUUGAUUGUCCUGUACGAGGACUAUUUCGGCAGAGUUUGUAACCUCCGCAACGGCAAGAUUGAGAAUCAGACUGAGAUUGUGAUUGAGAAUGAAGACGAAUGGGAGGUUUCGCACGUCAAGCUGCGGCCUACUAUUCCGGAAAACACAAUGCUCUAUACCGAUGCGCGAUAUACAAUCAACGGAUCAUCGACCGUUUUUGUCAAUGUCUACAUCGUGCUGGAUGAGAUUAGAAAAUCAAUCUCGUCGUCUGCGGAUUCGCUGGCUUCAGAUUCUCCGUGUCUUAUAGUCGCAAAGUCCAUUCUUUCAACACUUUAUCCGUUUCACAUUUUUGAAAAGGUGGAGGUUGACGGGCACCUGUCAUCGGCGCAGACCGAACCAGAUUCGAUGACGAAGCUGGUGGAGCUACUUUUCUUACGCAAGUUCUCUUCCAUAAAGAGUGUUGAAGGGGAGGAUCCUAUGGCUGCGUUGUAUUCGGUGCCGGCAAAGCUUGGCUCUAGAGGAAUCUCGAAUACCCUGACUGUAUUCCACGCGCAUCAAAACUUGCUGCAAACCAGCGGCGAAAUAACGUCGAUGGUUUAUCUUGUUUCCGUUGUUCUUGCGAGAGCUCUUCUUGAGGCCCAAUUACUGUCUGAUUCGGUCACGGCUGAAGAUGCAGAGAAAGUGAAAAUCCAGAUUGAGAUUUACAUUGUUCGCUUUGUGGAAGUCAUAUUUUCUGUAUCAGAGGAAAUCGAGGGGCUGCAAUACAAACGUCCAUGGCUCCGAGGUUUUGCGCGAUUCUGGAACUCUGACCAUGCUGACUUCAGACUCGCUGCGCGAACGUGUCUACAAGCACGUAUCAAGCAGCUGAUAGCAAGGCCCAAAGAACUCUCGCUCACGAUUUCUCGUUGGAGGGUUUUGCUACCGGGUGUGAUUACUCCGAAGCGGCGCAGCAGUACUUUCAACGCUCUUCGAAGGAUGAGCACCGGCGGUGGGAGCCCUGUCGAGGAUAGACGGAUGAGUCUCGAGCGUGUGACGACUGCCGACGCACCGGAUCUUGCUGGUAUCGAUGAAGUGAUUGACGAUUCGCCAGAGUCGAUGAGCGUGCUGAGCGGGUUCAAGGGAUUAGACGACGACUGUAUCGAUGCGGUCAGCGAGUCGUCUGUGCUCGCAGUCAUUAUUCUAGGAAAUCUGGCGUCUGAGUUUUCGGCGCGUGUGACGCACGUUGCGCACCGAGAGAUUGUGACUGCUAUUGAGUUCUUUUUGUUCAAGAGCGACGCGGCGUCGAGUAAUCCUCGAGAAGAUAGUCUGAAGACCAAAGAGCUGCAGAAUAUCUCGAUAGAGCUCGUGGGUAAAGGGUGGACUAUCUGGGGCGAUGACCAGUUCUUUUCUAGUGACUCUGUGAUUGGUCGUUUGAUCGAUUUCAUGGGUGCAGAUACUACGCCUAUAACGCAAUCAAAGAAAGCUGCUGCUACUUCGAAUGGUGACUCUGCAGAAACAGAUGAAUCAGAGCCGACGCUUACGGACGCGGACGCUCUGCGACAUGACCUGCUCAUCGAGACGAUCUGUAAGAUCGCGCAUCACUCUAUCAAUCGCGUGAUUGAGAUCUGCGCCGAGACGAUCGCGAAGAGUCCUAAUCCGCAGUCGCGCAUCGGCGCCGUGCGCAUGAUCUUCUACAUUGCCAAACGACAUCCGGAUCUGCUUGUCAACAGACUAUUCCCCGUCGUUGACGCGACUAUCGCAUCUCUUGAUCCAGCUUCUACAGGAGUGCGUAACAAGGUCGUCAAUAGUAUCACCGCGCUGUUCAACCUGUUUGUCAACACGUACCCCGUCAUCUCUUCGCAUCGUGCUCAGCAGCGUCUAGCCCUCUCUCUUCUUCCAGACAUUGUCGUCGUCUACGAUCUGCGCACAGGUGUCCAGAUGGCAAGCUUAGAAGGCGCAAAGAACCAGCUUCUCGAGAUCCAGUUCUCCCCCGAAGGCCGCCACGUCGUCGGCAUCGACCGCGUCACGCACGAGGUGUAUGUCUGGAAACUGGGCCACUCGUUCUUGAGUAUGAUCCAGAGUAUCGGCGGCGGUGGACCGGCGAGUAUCGGAUCGGGGCAUUAUUCGGCUUAUUAUAACGGCGCGGUUGCUGAUGCGGCUGGAAUGGAUCUCGUGUUUCCGAGGUUUGUCGGCAAGUUGAAGCACUCACAUUUUGAACUGUCGGACAUGAAGAAGGAAAACUCGCAUGUCUCAAUCACCUUCAAACAAGAGAAGGUAAUCGAAGUCGUGGUCAACGGCAAACCCCAGGUUUUCGACUUCAUCCACACUUGAGAAUAUCCCAAUUUUUUCUUUACAAGCUUAUAGAUUUCUUGUUUUUCUUUUUGUAUCUGUUUCCGCAGUUGUGCGUUCCUUUGGUUUUUUCAAUGGUUUGAAAGGCGGUUCUGGGUGGGGGGAAGGGGAUGGUGGGUUAUAUUUCCAUUCACACAAAGAACAGUACAUAUCUCCACUCGUUAUCCCGAAUGAGUGAACUGUGAAAAAAUGAAGUGACUGUCUUGAAGCGUGUAUGUUUUUGUCGCACAUAGCAUUUUGUUUUCGGCUGCAUCUUGGUUUUCCGUAUUGUAUGGUUAUUUGAAUGAAUUGAUUGUUUUAUAGUCUAUAGCGUAGUUCGGGGUGGUUUAAACUGUAGACGAGCAUGAUAUCAUGCAAGAUAUUUCGGCACAGCUCCUG